AUGGAGGUUUCGACACCGCCCGUAUCACCAGGCAGCAGCUACGACGGGGCCCGGAGCCUGCGAACAAGGUCCAACCUCUUCCGCUCCGACAGCUUCUUCACGCUAAGCCUCGACGAGGCACGGCUAGGGUCCCUGUCGCGGGCGGGCAGCACCAUAGGGAGCACCAAGAAGCGCAUGUCGACGCCGCGGUGGCUCGGGCACGUGCGUAGCUGGCUAUCGGUGAGCGAGCCGUCGGCGCAGGCCAUGAAGACCCAAAAGCGCACGGCGUACAAAAAGUACGGCGUCGAGCUCAACGACCCGCAGGCGGCGGCCAAGAUGCACCUCCCCAUCGGUAAGGUGCCUGACGGCGUGACCACGUCGACGCGCGGGCCCAGUCCGGAGAAGGCGCUGCGGGAGCGGGCAAAGGAGAAUCUGGCGAGCAGCGCGUCGUACAUGGACCGCAACGAUGCGCGGUCCAUUUCGAGCGGCAUCUCGAGCGUUGCCAGCUUCAAGAGGAUCAACGAGGUUGCGCCGUGGGCAUGA